AUGACGGGCAUCUACCGGCUGGCCGGCCGCGGUGCCAAACGGCUCUGCCUGAGGCCGGCUGCCGCUUCCGGCGCUUCUAUUGGCGGCAAUCCUGCGAUGCUGUGCACACGGCCAGCGACGGCUGCACGACGGACAUCCUCGGUGCUCCGCGCAUUCUCGACGACGGCUCUGCGCGCCAACGCCUCGCCCUACGAGGGCCAGGAAACCCGACUUAUCCCGGUCGGAUCGGACUUUGAGCUGCCCAGCUCGGAAAGCCUGCUGUCGAGGCAGCUGCCCCCGGAUGAGGCGACGUCGAAGCGGCCGCACCAGGACUCGGUCGAGGGCCGCAAAAUCCGGCAUUAUACGGUCAAUUUUGGGCCUCAGCACCCGGCUGCGCACGGCGUGCUCCGGCUGAUCCUCGAGAUCAACGGCGAGGAGAUUAUCCGGGCGGACCCGCACGUCGGCCUGCUGCACCGCGGCACGGAGAAGCUAUGCGAGUACAAGACGUAUCUGCAGGCGCUGCCGUACUUUGACCGGCUCGACUACGUGUCCAUGAUGACCAAUGAGCAGUGCUUCGCGCUGGCGGUCGAGAAGCUGCUGAACAUUGAGAUCCCCCAGCGCGCAAAGUACAUCCGCACCCUCUUUGGCGAGAUCACACGCGUUCUGAACCACCUGAUGUCGGUUCUGUCGCACGCCAUGGACGUCGGCGCGUUGACGCCCUUCCUUUGGGGCUUUGAGGAGCGAGAGAAGCUGAUGGAGUUCUAUGAGCGCGUGUCGGGCGCCCGUAUGCACGCGGCCUACGUGCGGCCCGGUGGUGUGCACCAGGACAUCCCGAUCGGUCUGCUCGACGACAUCUACCAGUGGGCGACGCAGUUUGGCGACCGCCUGGACGAGACCGAGGAGAUGCUGACGGACAACCGGAUUUGGAUCAACCGGCUGCAGGGCGUCGGCGUCGUGUCGGCUGCCGAGGCCCUGAACCUCUCCUUUACCGGCGUCAUGCUGCGUGGUUCCGGCGUACCGUGGGACAUCCGCAAGGCGCAGCCGUACGACGCGUAUGACCAGGUCGAGUUCGACGUACCUGUGGGCAUCAACGGCGACUGUUACGACCGCUACCUCUGCCGCAUGGAGGAGUUCCGCCAGUCGCUGCGCAUCAUCCAUCAGUGCCUGAACCAGAUGCCGGCUGGCCCCAUCCGCGUCGAGGACUACAAGGUGUCACCGCCUCCGCGUGUCGCCAUGAAGGAGAACAUGGAGGCCCUGAUCCACCACUUCCUGCUCUUCACCAAGGGCUACACCGUGCCGCCCGGCGACACGUACAGCGCCAUCGAGGCGCCCAAGGGCGAGAUGGGCGUCUACGUCGUCAGCGACGGCAGCGAGCGGCCCUACCGCGUGCACAUCCGCGCCCCUGGUUUUGCCCACCUCGCAGGCUUCGACCACAUCUCGCGCGGUCACCUGUUGGCCGACGCUGUCGCCAUCAUCGGCACCAUGGACUUGGUGUUUGGCGAGGUUGAUCGGUAA